GAUAUCAAUGAAUGCACUGAUCUAAAUGUGAACAUGACAUGUGAUCUACGUGUGGAGACUUGCUAUAACACACAAGGCAGCUACAAAUGUAAUUGCAUAGAGGGAUAUUCACGAAAUACUGCAAACAUUUGUGAAGGUAGAAGGAAAGAAAAUAUCUCAAAGUAUUUUUAAAUACUAUGUAUAACAUAAAUAAUCUACUUUACUGGAGUUAAUAUCUUUAAAAAUUGAUUUAUCCUCAGAAGGCAUUGGUUUGUUCAUAUUUAACUGAAGUAAACUAUUAAUUAUAAACCUAACAUAUUUAUAGCUUGCUUGAUGUUGAUUUAAAAAUAGUUGUAAAAUAAGAGAAAAAUAUAAAUUUUUCAUAGAAGAAUUUUUAAUUUGUAUAAUCAUUUAAUAGAUUUUUAAAAAUUUAUUAAAUUAACUGUAGAUAAAUAAAAUGUAUAUAAAAUACAAAAAGAAUCUUAUGUGACUCAAGUGAAUAUGUUUUUCAUACAGAUAUAGAUGAAUGCAAACUUAGUAUUGAUGGAUGUCAACAAAUGUGUCACAACUUUGAAGGACGCUACAAUUGUGAAUGUGAUUCAGGAUAUGUGCUUGACAGUGACAGGAAACAAUGCUUGAGAAGUAUGAAAGAAGUUGACUUUGCAGAUUAA